AUGGUGAUAACUAACUCAUGAGCCAUAGAAAAUAUAAUCGAAUCGAUUCGAAAAUUAAUAGAAAGAUUACAUAAAGUGCUAUAGAUUUUAUUCUGCAGAAAUCAGGAUACAGUCUUCUAUAGAUUUCCAUAAAGAGUCCUUUGAAGACAAAAAGAAAAAAAAUUUCGAAAACUCCCGUAGGAAGACACGAAUUUUUCGUAAAUUCUUGUUCGCUAUACGGACCACAAGGCGCACAAGAAGCUUUCAAAAAGAAUAUUUUAUGACUUUUAAAAGUUUUUUAUGGAGUGGGAUAGAUAUUCAGUUAUCGCGUAAUACCGGACGAAGUUCACUUUACAUGAUAAAGCUUUUCUAUGAAUUUUUAAAACAAUCAAAGCAUAUUCUACUACAGCAAAUUAGUUAUUGUUAACUAUCGUUCAGUUAGAUCCAAGGGAACAUUCUGAAAGAUUCCAGGUCAAUAUUUGAAUUGCUUUCUAAAGCUCAGUGUGUACGUUAGAGUCAGAGUUCCCAAUGGGAUCACAAAAGUGUCCUAUGGAACAACUCGUCUACUAAAAAGAUUUCAAAUCUAGAAUCGAUUCCUACGAUUUUUCAUUUAAGCAAUUGAGUCCAUUCUGUUCGUACAUUUUGCAAUCGAUUUAUUCGAUAUCAAAGUAUUAUACUAAUCACAUACAUUUUAUUGGUUUCUCCCGAAAUCAAAUAGAGAAUCUAGAGUAUUAGAAUUUUGACGAAAUCUCGCGACUGCAAUAGUAGUGAAUUCCUCAAAAUCUAUAUAAUAUAAACUUAAUCGAUUCCAUUGGAACUUAUAAUCUAUUUUUGUGAUCAGAGGAUUUCGUUUUCAUAUCUUUACAUAAUAGAACGUAAUAAGAGUUUCCUCUAUAGCGUAGUUUUUUAUUAUGAAUUAUCAAUUUCUAGUGUUUUUUGCUAGAUUUUCCCACUGUCAAGAAUUAAUAGACAUUUUUUCAUGUACUAUGGCGGAUUUUAGUGAAUUUUAGAUAUUUACGAAUUCUUUUGAAAUCUAUAACAUUCGAAGCUACCAGAAUCUACUAGAUACCAAUUACUUCAUUUUUAUUGGACGGUUAUAAAAUAUUGAUUUGAACUGAAAGUUCUUUAUAGCCCAGUCUCUUCAUUGAUACAAUCAAAAACUAUGCAGGAAUACGUUAAAAAUAUAAACUCUUAUGAACUAUAUAGAAAUAUGAAGAAAAAGCUUUAGGUCUCAUUAUUUGAACUUCUGAAAAGAGAUUUGAAAAUAUCUUAUGAAAUCUAGUAAAAGAAAAUCAGAAACCAACAUAUCUGUCUUGAAGAAAUAAGAUAAACAAUGAGGUUAUAACAAAUUUUAUUAGUCAGUAAUUCUUUAAAGUACUGACUGAAACCAGAUUUCAAAGAAAAAAAAACUUAUUCUCUGCUAUUAAAAAGAAAAAAAAUUUGAUGAGAUUAGAAAAUUACUCCAUCACAUCUCAUUCGAAAGUCAUUUAAAAACCGUGUCUUUUAUUGAAAUCAUGAUUUUUCGAACAGUUUCAUGGGUUCUAAAAACUAUCUAAAAAGCCACGUUUUCUGCCACAGGAAGUUUUUAACAACUUCUCUUUAUGACUGCAAUUUCAGGUUUGUCACGUGAUCUAGUUACCAGACAUAUGCAUCCACAAAACACCUAAAAAAUGAUCAUUUCCUUGUAUACCUGGUAGUACUGAUCAAUUUAUCUAGUUAGUUCUCAUUCAUCUGAACACAUCGUUGUACGGUAAACAUAUCAACUUAAAAUGCAUAUGGAAUAUUUCCAGUUAAACAUGCAUUUUUGUUGAGAUAUGCAUGUAGACAUAAUCAUAAAAAUAUCGCUUUUACAGUUCCGUUCUAAAAAGAUUUGAAUACCUCAACUAUAGAACGAUAGUUUUUAGUCUUAAAAUUGUUUUCUGGAAGUAUUUUGAACUUAACAAAGCCUAAGAAUUUGAUUGAUAACAAAUUCUGUCUUUCGUGUUGUGGACUGGUUCAUAGAACUAUUGAACCUGUCAAAUAUUUUGCACAGAGUAAAUAAGCCUUCAAUAUGUAGAUUUAUUUGAUACUAUAUUAUUAGAAUUGUUAUGUCUCUUAUAUUAAAUCUAUUUCGCUUUAUAAAACGAUGUAUUCAUGAUUGGAUAAAUGACAAACCACAUCGCAAAUACUUUGAAAUUGGCUGAAAUUCUUCAUUACCACUGGCUCACCAUAGUUGCAUAGGAUCUAUCCUACACACUCUGAAUAUCUCAAUUGAAUGAACUCGUAUCCUUGGUAUCUGCAACGUAUCGUGAGGGUAUCGGCUGUAUCGUAAUCGUAUCCUCUGGAUUGUCACCGUAUCCAGGAUAGACGGAAUCUGCUUUUCCCCCUUGAAAAGUACAAUAUUUUAGCAGCAAUAAGCUAUGAAUAUAAACUAUUUUCAGAGUAUUCAUAGUUUAUUUGAUUCUACGUAAUGCACGUAGUCUUGACUCAAAUAUUUUGUAUUAGUUGGGAGACUUUCCUCAUGAACCAGAAUUUUUUCUUCAAUACUACUAGAGAAAACACAUUAUUUUCCUAGAUUGAAGUGAUAUUUUUUUUUUUCUCUUCUCAACUUUCUACUUGAAACAACGCUGCACAGACUAUAUUUCACUGGAUCUACGCUGACUUCCUUCCAAUUAGUAGAUUAGCAUAUAUGGGUUUGAUUCAACAGUUUUCCAUGUAUUUUAGGGAUCACUAGUUUAAUCCAUAGGCAAAAAAAAACGGUUAAGAAAGAAAUCUAUCAACGAGUCUGAUUAGUGAGCAUUUAGAUUUCGUAUGCUAUUUGAUUGAAAGACAAAACAACAAUUGUUAAUAAUGGGAUCAUUUUUUAAAAUUCAUUUAUCCAACAAUUGAAAAGAAUUUACUACAAAUCAUAAAUUGGGUGAUGCAGAUUACAUAGGACAAAAUCACUUUUAUUUUUCGGUCAUUCCGAUAUCCUUUCACAAGAUUACUCUAUGAAGAAUUUUUCAUUCGGCAAAACUAUUGCGUUUGUUUUUUCAAGUUUUUGUUGUUGGAGCAAAAUUUAUAAUAUUAAAAUAUAAUCAUUCAACCACGAUAGUCUAAAAAAAAAAUGAGAAAUAAUAUAAAUUUUUUAACCAAGAUAUUGCUAAAAUUCUCAAUCUUUUGAUAUAAAUUUCAAAAAUUUUAGAAAAUAUACUUGUGAAAAAAUACCUUGAAGUAAAAAGUGCAAAAAAACCUUUGUCUGACAGGAUUAUGUAAUUUUUUCUUUUUUAAUUCGCUACAACCUAAUCGAUUGUACUCUUCAACUUAACAGUCAAAUUAUUUUGUUCAGAAUCAAAUUCUAAACUCUACAGCACCUAAAUGACUGUUUCAUAUACAGAUGCGCAAUAGUACGAAGAAUCUUGAUAAAAUCGUGGAAGUAUAGAUUACAAAAUUCUCUAUCCAUUGCAGCUAAUUGUGUUAAUUUUUCAAUUGGUUUUCAGUGAAAAAAGAUUUACACAAAUCAGGAGAUAUCUGCAGAAAUUCGAGAAUUGCAGUUAAACGAUUCAACAAGCGUUGAUAUAAUAGACUCACACGAUGAGAAAAAUUAUUCUGUUUUUUUCUCUGUCAAUCACUGAUGUUUGUAUUCGUGAUUUUUGAGUAUUGCAAGCAAAAACAUUGCACUUAGUAACCUAAUUAAAAGCAUUUUUGUCACAAAGUCAGAAUUUUUUUAUUAUCACGUUCGGUGUGUAUGCUGAUGCUACCAAUGUGUAUCUCUUUACUUAUGCGAAUAAUUUUGAGGAUAGAAUAUUACUCAAUGUAGCUCCAUGAACUAAUUCCAGAUAUAAAUUUGAUUUUGCAUUAAACUAUUAUUAUAUUCACAAAAUUAAUGAUUUCUGAGCAGAAGUCUAGACUUUUUCGAAAGUAGCGCUGUCGGCAUAGUCUUUCCGGUAAUUUUGAUUCUUAAAAACUGUGAAUGCAUUUAUCGACGUUGUAAAAUGUUUGAAUAAUGGUCUAUAUGUUUCUACAGUACAUCCCUCGAUGUCUUUCUGUAUUCCCAGGAAUGUAGAUGUGGAAUACAUUGUCAUUCUUGUGUAGAUGCAUUUCUAAGAACAUAAAUGCUAACACUUCUAAACACAGUGAUGUUAGGUAUAACAUUAAAACAGGUUAGACUGAAGUAAAACUUCAAAAUAUCAAUGACCAAACAAUCAUAUAUGUUGAUUAAGUUUCUUACAACACAUUGAAUUUAUUCCAAUAGAGCACAAAGAAGUUUAAUUGGUAAAAAAAAAACUAUCAAAGAAAUAUAUUAUUGAUUGAGACUAUAGUCGUGAACAUAUCUACAUUACUAUGAAAAGUCAAUUAGAAAUUGUGUCAUUCACCUGUAGAGUUUAUUUUGUUGGAGCGUUUGCAUUUGACUUUUACGUCAGUCCUACCUAUUAAAGUGUAAAAUACACACUAGUAUAGCUAGCAGGGUUAGUGUUACCAUUUACCGACAUGUAUAUGUGUUUCUCGUUCCUGGAAACGGGAAGUCGUCUUACGUUCUUAUUCCCUGAAACGGAAAACGUAUAGAGUAAUGUGUCACAAAAAAGUAGUAAGACAAAUCAAAACGUUUCACAGUGUUUAGAAAUGCAGAAAAACAUAUUUUGAAGAAUGUUCUCAUUUUGAGAAACGAAAUAAAAGAUGGAUGAUGUUAUUAGAGACUUUCCUAACUCAAUCUGUAUUCAUUGAUAUGACGGACGAUGUUAUGACUAAUAAUACACAAAAUAAAAACUUUUCUUUUGUCUUUUUUAUUUCUAAGUUAAUUGAAAUAAAACUUUUAACAUCUGUUCAAUUUUAUUGAUUAUUUUUGAAAAUUGUUCUUUUUAAAAUAAUUCUUAGUUAUAUGUAGAAGCACAUUUUUUUAAAGAUAAGUUUUUAUACAUCAUCGACUUUGUUUUCGAUGAUUUUAUUAUAACUGAGAUUAAUCAUAGAAGUAUUUACAUGGUAAUCUACUGAACAAGCAAUCUCAUGAAAUAUGUCUAUCACAGUUGAAUAAGACAAGAUUAUCCUCCUUGCUCAUGUCAGCCUUGCAGCUUAUGACACAGUCUCUAUUAAUACGUUUCAGAAUUAAUUAAUAUUUUAGAACUUUAUAUUUUAAUCUUUCUAAUCUAAAAACUACCCGCAGGACAGAUUUUUAUAAUUUAUGUUGCUUAUUGUUUUAUAUGAAAUUCUAUGAUAUUUAGAUUCCUUAUGAACGACGAACAUUCUAUCAAACAUUAUUAAAUACAUUUUCAAUAUCAACUAAUUCGUGUCUUUUUUUCAAUGGAUCAUUUCCUAUACAUAUUAAUGAAACUAUAAAUCAAGCAUCAGAUGAUUAUUUAAAAUUUAUUCUUCAUAUAAUUGCUUAUAAUAAUAAAUUUAGCUUUUGUGAUCUUGAAACAUUUGUAUUAAUUGAAAUCGGACCAAUACAUAAUAUUCAUAAUUCAUAUCGUGGUUUUAUUUUUUUAAUAACCCUUUUCAUAUUUCUUGUAUUUUUUAUUCUAUUUAUUAAUAUUUAUACAUAUUAUAAACAACAACAAAGAAAAAAAUAUCUUGAAUAUCAUCGUUUAAAUCAAAUUGAUGCUGGGCAAUUUCAUCAAUGGUAUGAUAUUUCUCAAUAUUUAAAUGCAAAUAAAAAUACGGAUAAUUAUAAUUUAAUGCGUAAUUAUCUAAGAAAUCUUGAAUCAACAACAAAUUUAACAAAACGUCUUAUGGAAUAUCAUACUUAA